CCGCCCGCUCCCGCCAAUGGGGAACGGCGCCGCCGGGUAGCAACAGGCGCGGCGGCCAAUCAGCGAGGCGGGGGUGCGGCCCCGGGGUACUUCCGGCAAUAGCUCGGCGGCACGGGCCGGCGGCGGCACCGGCACCGGCGCUGCGGCGAGGUUAAAGAGAAAAUUGAAGUAAUGACAAGAAGUUUUGCAGCUUUCCUUAAUUAAAUGCACAAACAGUCUUCUUGCUGCUUAUAGACAAAACAUGCCAUUUUUGGGCCAAGACUGGAGAUCCCCUGGAUGGAGAUGGGUUAAAACAGAAGAUGGAUGGAAACGAUGUGAACCUUUUAGUCCUGCGCUUGAGGAUGAGAAUAAUCAACUGAAUGAUAUCAGUCACGCUGUCAUCAUAGCUGGCGGCGGUGAGGAUGAAGAAAUAUGCGGUACUGAGGACUGUGAGUUUGCAGCCAAAAAAAGGAAAAAAGAUCAUUUUAGGAAUAACACAGAUUCACAAUGUUUUUAUCGUGAAAAGUGGAUUUAUGUUCAUAAAGAAAGCACCAAGGAGAGACACGGCUAUUGCACUUUGGGAGAAGCUUUUAACCGCUUAGACUUUUCCAGUGCAAUUCAGGACAUCAGGAGGUUCAAUUACGUGGUCAAACUCUUGCAGUUAAUUGCCAAGUCCCAGUUAACCUCCCUGAGCGGUGCCGCGCAGAAGAACUACUUCAGCAUCUUGGACAAAAUUGUGCAGAAGGUCUUGGAAGAUCAAUAUAAUCCACGAUUAAUCAAAGAUCUACUACAGGAUCUGAGUUCUACUCUCUGCAUACUGAUUAGAGGAGUAGGAAAAUCUGUAUUGGUAGGGAACAUCAAUAUUUGGAUUUGCCGAUUAGAAACCAUCCUUCUGUGGCAACAACAACUAAAAAACCUUCAGAUGAACAAGCAAGUCAACAAUGGGCUUACGCUUAGCGACCUCCCUCUCCAUAUGCUGAAUAACAUCUUAUACAGAUUCUCUGAUGGCUGGGACAUUAUUACUCUGGGCCAAGUGACCCCAACUUUGUACAUGCUCAGCGAAGACAGACAGUUGUGGAAAAAACUCUGCCAGUACCAUUUUGCUGAAAAGCAGUUUUGUAGGCAUUUGAUUCUGUCAGAGAAAGGUCACAUUGACUGGAAGCUGAUGUACUUUGCACUUCAGAAAUACUACCCAAUAAAGGAGCAGUACGGGGACACCUUGCACUUCUGCCGACACUGCAGUAUUCUCUUUUGGAAGGACUACCACCUUGCUUUGUUACUCAAGGAUACAGGACACCCCUGCACUGCAAGUGAUCCAAAUACCUGCCUCAUGCCAGUGUCUCCUCAGCAUUUCAUUGAUCUCUUCAAGUUUUGAGAUGUCCAGUAGCUGUGCUCCUGUGUUCGUGGCCAUUUUGUGAAGAGUCAGGCAGGACAUGUUAGGCUUCCUGUGCAAUAUAUUUAAGUGUAAUGUUUUGUGGUAGUUAAAGGCAUCGAGGAUAUUACCAGACAGAUUUAGUGUCUUGUUUUUGCGCAGUAUGGAGCUGAGGAGAAGGAGAUAUAUUUAGAACAUUUCUUUGUCAGGAAAUCUGCAGUGGACUUCUUUUCAAGUCCAAGCCAGAUCAUUUUAAUCUCAAUUUAAUCUGUUCUUUUAAUGCCUUAAUAGUUGGUUAAAAUUAUUUGGGGGAAUCCUGAAAACGUCAUGGAAGAGUGGAACUACUCUUACAGGGACCAAAGGAGGGUUUUUGGUUAAUCCUUCUUUUUUCAAGCCACUCCUUCCAAAACACCUCCAUAUAAUUUGCACUAUUAUAAAGAGCAGGCCAAUAUUCUCUUGGACUCAGUCCAGCAGUUACGAAGGUGGCAUUAAUCAUUGUGAGCUGGCUGUGGUUCUGUCAGUUGCUGAGGCUAGGAAUGAAGGAAUCAACCAUUCUUUGUACGUACAUUAUGCAAAAGUAUUUAUUUUUCUUAAGGACUUUAGUACACAUCCAGCCUGCCUCAGCACAUGGGACAUAACUCCAGCUAGGGCUACUGCAAAGUGACUUUUCUGGUGGUAGCUUCAUUUGUACUGUUUGGUAUGGCUGCAACUGCAAGAAUUCAUCUUCUAAGAAGAAGACAGUAUGGAAAUCUAAGGAGGAUGAAGUUGCUUCUUCCUAGACUGGUACAGUGGCAGGACAUACCACCACCUGAGCUUCUAACCUGACAGGCUGUAACAAACUACAGGAAACACUGAAAGUCAGAGUUGAGCACCUUCUGCCAGCCCAUCAGCUAGUAAACUCUCCAGGAAGCUAUUUUCUUCUGUCCUACAGAACAAAAUUAAGUGCUUUGCUUAGCUUGGCAGGUGAAGGAGAAAUGAGGGAAGUUUUGGGUUUGUCAAUGCAAUUUAGCAGAUAUGUAAUGUACAGAAAAAAUAAAUUGUGUACUAUAAUACUGCACUUGCUUGUUCUGAAUCUAGUUUUCUAUGGGGCAAUAAAUCCUGUUUCUGUUAUUCCUAGAA